CACUCUUGUCUGCCCAGCAAACUCUUGCCGCCGUCUCCCCAGCACCCCUGACCCAGCCGAUGCUCAUCCGAAGGCGGCUGCUUCUGCUGCUGCUGCUUGCGCUGCUGCUCGUCGCCACCGUCGGCGGCCCCCUGUUUUUGUCAUCGCCUGUCGGCACCGCUCUCAGCCGACAGCGAGCACUCGCACUACAACAUGCCCUGCACCACAAGGAUUCGUGCUCGCCCAAGAAGCCGUUUGCCGUGAUAGUGACCGCAAUCCGCCCGAGUCUCCGGCUGCCGAGCCGAUACGAAGCCGUCUCCAUCGCAAACAAGAGGCAGUACUGCUGUCGGCAAGGCUGUGAUCUCAUUGUUGUCCGCAGCCAGAACUCGAGCUCGGCCAACCCGGCCUGGGCCAAAAUCGAGGAGCUCCAACGCCAGUUCGCCAAGUACGAGUGGAUCUGGGUCAUCGACCUCGAUGCAUACAUCAUGAACAAGUCCAUAGGAUUCGAAGAGAUCGUCGGUGUCCACGGCACAAAUAGAGAAAUCAUCAUCGCCCAAGACUAUCCGGCUUUUGUGGUCAACGCUGGCUCGUUCUUCGUCCACAGCUCUCCCUACACAAUACGAUUUGUCGAGGAGUGGUUCCGGCACCACCAAGAGCGGAUUCAUCUCUUCGAGCAAGCCGUCUUUGCUUCGCUCUUUACCCGAAACUACAUGGAUAUCCAGGACCGAACGGCCUUGGUGCCCCUGCGAACAAUCAACUCGUACUGCCCAGAGCAUUUGAUUCCGGAUUUCCGCUACCAGCCUGGAGACUUUGUCGUACACUUUCCUGGACAGUGCAAAGGGCGGCAGCAUGAAUUCGUGAACCGGCAUUUCGACAGCAUCAUCCGCUAGACCUGGACCUGUGGGCUUGUGGGUCGGUUGGUGUCGCUCCCAAGAUGCAUCGGCCGGGAUCGCCCGGACCGGGGACAGUCUCCAUUCCAGAAUGCGGGAGGCAAUCGAUUGCCUAAGAUGUUGGCCUUGGUGGCCGCAAUACACAUGUCCAUCGGCA